AUGGAGAUCAAGCCAGAAGUGAUUCUCGUGGCCUGUUUGUUAUUCGGCAUCAGCAACAGAGGCAGUGCAGCAGGGUGCAGAACUUCAGAUCUUGUUGUCACCUCGCACACCUACCCGGAUCCGGGGGGAAGGCCAGUGCAAUACAAGAAGCUGGUGAACAACUGCGAUUGCACGCAGAAGAACGUGAAGCUGGCGUGCCCAAGGUUCAACUCUUCCAUCGAGGUCUACCCGGACACAGCCAUCAAGCCGGACGGCCACGGCAUUCUUUGCUCCCUCUAUGCCGGCCGCCCGGUUGGGCCUAAGGAGAAGGUCUUCUUCGACAUCCACUCAAGUACCCAGUUCAGCUUCCAGCCCGUCUCCUCUACCAUUAUCUGCUACAAAUCACCCAGUUUGCUCAAAAGGGCCACAAUCAAGCAUACACUGGAAGCAGCCAACAGUCACCCGAUCCUGUCUUGUUUGCGGGAUCUAUACAAAGUACAGUAG